ACCCUCUUCUUUCCCCCUUUUACCACGCCAGGUGCUUUUAAUUAGUCCGUUGACAGAGCCGGGAAAUUUCUCGAUGACGAAUGAAAUGCACGUCAUUGACUGAAUGGGUCUACUCGCUAUUAAUGUAAUUGGGAUGUUACGUAUAGCGUAGCUCGUACCUAGUCGGUGUUUUUUUAGUCAGUACAGCAUGAUCCAGGAAAAGAAAAAAGCAACGCAUGACAGAUGCCAUCAGGAGAGAGUGGCCGGCGAGUUUCUUUUUUCGUUUUUAACUGCCAAACAUUUUCUGCUACGAGAAAAGAUGAGGUGGGAGUCCCAUAACACGCCUGAAGAGAGAAAAGAUUUCAACGGGGCUUCUCUGCAAGUGAAAAGAACAGUGAAACUCGACCAGCAGAUAUAUACCUUAUACACACUCAAGUGUGUAUUGCAUCUGCUUCGCUGAGUCGGAGAAAUACCUAUAGCUGCGGGGAUAUAAUAUCAGUGCAGCACCAGCCGAUGUGUAUAGGAAGAAAAAGGAGGCGGGAACAUCCAUCAAGGAGAGAGACGGACAUAUUGCUGGUUUUUACGAUCUCUUCGCCGGGAGAGAAAUUUUUUUUUAAAGAAGAAGAAGACAAUAUUACACACUGAAUGGCCUAUAAGCGUUGCUGCGGUUAUCUCCCCCCAGUCUUGGGUAUAUAAAGACAUUUCGGUGCUCACCAUUUCAGCAGCGCAGUCUUUUCUCCGACUUCGCCUCAGCACCCAGCAACAACGUCCUCAACCAUGAACGUCUACUCUUUGGCUGGUUUGGUUCUUGUGGGACUAUUGGUCAAUUCGUCGGCGGAUGAGGUACCUUUCGACAAAUUACAAGGAUUUUUCCAAUACGCCAAUUUCCCAGCGGAAGGUGAAUACGAUUUUGGAUUCAAUCGCGGCAAUGCCGACCAUCACGUUUCGCGUCAUCAACAGUACAAAAACGACAAUUUCCGCACCAAGGUCAAAUGGGCUGAUACUUAUGAUGGACAUGGUGAACAUGCCUUGGAUUACAACCAUGGGCAAAACUAUAAAGGCGAUUAUACAUCGGAUUACAAGCCCGAUUUUAAGCCAGACUACGAGGCGAACUUCAAACCUGAUUUUAAACUUGAUUUUAAGCCCGAUUUUAAGCCUGAUUUCGAGCCUGAUUUCCUGCCUCCGUUUAAGCCUGCUUUCAAUUUAGAGUACAAGCCGGAGUACAAACCACAGUAUCAACCAGAAUACAAGCCCGACUACAAGCCUGACUACAAGCCGGAAUACAAGCCGGAGUACAAGCCGGAGUACAAGCCGGAAUACAACCCGGAGUACAAGCCCGACUAUAAGCCGGAGCACAAGCCGGAGCACAAGCCUGACUACAAGCCGGAGUACAAGCCGGACUACAAGCCCGACUACAAUCCCGACUACAAGCCGGAGUACGAACCAGAAUACAAGCCGGAGUACAAGCCGGAGUACAAGCCCGACUACAAGCCCGACUACAAGCCCGACUACAAGCCCGACUACAAGCCCGACUACAAGCCCGACUACAAGCCCGACUACAAGCCGGAGUAUAAGCCUGCCUACAAGCCUGACUACAAGCCUGACUACAAGCCUGACUACAAGCCUGACUACAAGCCUGACUACAAGCCGGAGUACAAGCCGGACUACAAGCCCGGCUACAAGCCGGAGUACAAGCCUGAUUUCAAGCUUCCAUUUACGCUUGAUUUCAAUUCAGAGUUCAAACCGGAGUACAAGCCGGAGUACAAGCCGUAUUACAAGCCGGAUUACCAAAACUAUUAUCAACAGGCUCCAGCGAGUUACGAUAUUCCCGAGUACAAGCCUGAUGUCUACGAUUCAUAUGCUUAUGAUAAUCUCUUCGCAGCAAGCUCUUCGAGAAAUUAAAUUCAUUCGUGCUUUCAGAAACGUCGAAUCAUUUGUGUAAAAAUGUUCUAUCAUUUCUCUGUCGUUCUAUUCACUA